AUGGACUCUGCUGAUGGUCGAGCCACUUCUGGGAUGGAGAGCAAGCAGUCGGCUGCAUCAGAAGCGCUGGAGGACGUUUGUAGGUCUUUCCUACGAGCGCGUUCCCAAGUCUCCUCGCAGCGCAUCGUCGAUGUGGCCAACGCAACCCAAAUCGCGGACAUCCGGUCACGAGCCACACCGACUAGGGAAGGCUUACUGAUCUCGGACACUAUCCAAGAAGUGCUCGACAUCUUCUCCCAUCGAGUAGCCAUGGAUGACCCGAGAUUCUUUGGAUUCAUUCCGUCGCCAGUUCACCCUAGCGCCUUCCUGGGGGACAUACUCACCACCAUGUUCAACACCCAUGCAGGGAGCUGGUAUCAGAGCUCCGGGCCUAGUGCUGUUGAGGACACGUUGUUGACAUGGCUCGCCGAUCAAGCAGGCCUGCCAUCAACAUCCGGCGGAGUUUUCGUUUCGGGCGGCUCGAUGGCAAAUCUGUCGGCCAUCAUCGCCGCACGCGAUACGAAGCUGAAGUUCGAAGACAGAGCUAGAGCUAGGAUCUACCUCUCUGAGCAAACACACUCAUCGGUGCAAAAGGGCCUAUCGAUCGCAGGAUUCCACAGCACUCAGACCAAGGUUGUGCCCUGCGAUGAUCUCUAUCGUAUGAAAGUAGGAUCUCUCCGAGAAGCCAUCUUGGAAGACCGAGCCGCGGGCAUGCUACCGUUUCUAAUAGUGGCCACAUGCGGUCUGACGAAUACAGGAGGCAUCGAUCCUCUACCACAGCUAGCGGACGUGGCUGACGAGGAGGAUCUUUGGUUGCAUGUUGACGGGGCUUACGGUGCAUCUGUUGUGCUAUCGAAGAAGCAUAAGCACCGCGCCACCGGAAUUGGACGAGCUCACAGCCUCUCCUGGGAUGCACACAAGUGGCUUUUUCAAACCUAUGCUUGUGGUGUGCUCUUGGUCCGCGACAAGCUCAGCUUGGUGAAGACUUUCUCCACCAAUGCCUCCUACAUUCAGGACGCGGAAGAGAUGGAAUCGAGUCACAUCAAUUUCUGGAAUCGCGGCAUGGAGCUCACCCGGCCGGCACGGGCAAUGAAGCUCUGGUUCUCCCUCCGAAUGCUAGGAACCGAUAAAGUUGAGGAGAUGAUCAACCAUGGUAUCGCCUUGGCGGAGACGGCCGAAGAGAGUAUACGCAGCCGCCCUGACUGGAAGCUCGUGACGGCCGCCCAGCUAGGAAUCGUAAAUUUCAAGUUCAGCCCUGCAGGACUCAACGAGCGAAAUGCAGACGAUGCUGCGGAAAUCGAGAAACUCAACGCCGAGAUCUCGCGACGAGCAAUCGCACGCAAUAUUGCUGCUCCUCUCACAACGAGGCUCAAAGGUGACCUGAAUCUGAGAAUGUGCGCCAUUCACCCAAAUCUCACGCACAACCACAUGGUUCAAUUAUUGGGACACCUGAGUAAUAUAGCCCAAGAGGUCAUCGAGGGUGCAUGA